GCACACAAGACACGGCCGGCCAGCGCUACACUCGCACUCAACUGUUUUAGCAAUUGUGGUCAUACAACAGCUCUCUGUGGUCCCAGACAUAAUUUCGACGGAAUGGCGGACGAGCAGGAGCAGGUACCAACUAAUGCAGUGGAAGAGCCUUUGGAUUUGGUUCGCCUUUCUCUGGAUGAGCGUAUUUAUGUUAAGAUGAGGAAUGACAGAGAGUUAAAAGGAAGAUUAAAUGCAUAUGAUCAACAUCUUAAUAUGAUUCUUGGUGAUGUAGAAGAAACGGUGACAACCAUGGAAAUAGAUGAAGAGACAUAUGAAGAAAUAUACAAGACUACAAAAAGGAACAUUCCCAUGCUGUUUGUUCGAGGAGAUGGAGUUAUUCUGGUUUCACCGCCAUUAAGAUCUGGAACAUUGUAAUGGACAAAAUGUAGCCCAGCACUUUAAAUGGGAUCUUCUGCAAAAUGGACCAUGCAAAUGUAGGCUGCAAAAGAAGAUGUUUCUCAGGUAUACUGGCAUCAUUUUUCUUCAUUACCUCAUGGCUUAGGCCAUAACUGAACGAAUGGUUUUGGAAGUGGCUGUUGUCUGUUUGUCAAAAAGGGUUAAUCUUCAAUGUUGCUUCUUGCACAAAGGGUACAAUACAUUGUGUUGCAACUCUGUCACAGUGUAGACAUGACGUCGUGUUUAGCAUGUACAUUUGUAUACUUAUCACAUAGUACAUGUUCAUGACCACAUGAACAUGUACUACAAAUUGAGCACGGUUUUGAAGUGGGGCAGUUAAAAAAAAAAAAACGCCAUAAAACAAUAUUUAUGUUCUAUGUUUUGUGCUCUCUUAAACUUGCAAAUAAUGGACUUUUUAGACAGUGACACGCUUGUGUACAAGUCAUGCAUGAAGCAGAACUGUGUUGGCAAAAAUAAUCUUGGCACAAAAUAUUUUGUCACAUGCACUGGCUUAGAGGUGAUUAUAACCAGUCACUUGACCAUAAGGUAAAGUUACAGUUUCUGAAAUCUCAUUUUAUGUAAAACUUACUCCAGUGGUGCCAAUUUAUUACUACUUUAAAUAAUGACCAGCCCCUUUUUAACUUUGAUAUAGGCCUCAACAUGAAGCGUAAAAGUGUAAUGGAAUGUGGGAUUUGGGGCUUUGCAUGGUGAGGUAUCGAAUUGGUUCCUAUAAUUGUGUCUUUUUAAAAAUUAUGGUCAGAUUACUGGUCAGUCAAAUACAUUUGCACUGAAUUGGAAAUCUUUUAAGUUGAUUAAAGACACUGGGCACCAGUCUUCUUACUUUGUGUAUCUCAACAUAUGCACAAAAUAACAAACCUGUAAAAA